AAGUGGCCUGUUGAAAUAAACAAACUAAACUAAAAAUCUUUACUUCUAUCUAAUAAAAGAAUGGGGCAUGCCCUUUCUCCCCAUCUCAUGAGCAUGACAUUUCCGAUACAUAUGGAAAGGUUGCACGGGUGUGGGUGUGGUACUAUCGACCGCAUAAAUCAAAAAUCAAAAAAACUUUAUGUUACUGUCUUCUUAGAUAUGUCUUUGCUUUUUCACAAAGAGCUAAUUACUAAAACUGAAAUUUAACAGUUAUUAAAAAUCGGGUAUCCGGUGUGUCCGUGUCUGCCGUGUGUUAGGUCCCCUAUUUGUCCUGGUCCCUGGCACCGUCGGACAAGUAAAGUGGUUGAAAUUUGCCUGGCUCUAUAGCUGGCUAGAUAGUUUGUUUUAGAAUUAGAAUUUGCUUUUCAGUACGUAAAGGUUAUGCUACGAUUGUAAUGCUUAAAAUAAUAUUCCAUUGGUGAUCGUAGUAAACGCUACGUUCGUUUAACGGGUGGGUCAGGUGGAUUAUAUUUUUAUAGCUUCCCACCCAUCCCCCUUUUAUUUGACAUUUGCUAGCUAUAAUUAAUCUAGCUAAAGCUAGAAUUGCUCUUUAAGCAAAGCCACCCUUAAACAGACAAGGUAUAUGUAAAAUAUUUAACAUGAAAUCCCUGGUAUGACAAACCCCAUUCCAGUGUAAAUCAGCCAGAGUGCUGGUCCAUAAAACAGCUCUACUACCAGCUUUAGAUAACAGUAGCUAAGCCUGCCAGCUAGCUAGAGGUAUUAAGGAAAAGAUAUAAAGAAAUAUAUACAUGCUUUUUUAUAAGAGCAAGAGCAAGUCAGUUUUUGGCAAAAAUUAAGACAGCUCCAGGAUCAAAUCAUUGUUUCAAGAACAAACGAAGUCUUAAUUUUUUUGUUUGGUCUCGCCUACUAUAACUGCGAAAUAUUAUUCAUAUUGGGUUGAUUGUUCUCAAAUACAAUUAUAGAGCUCCAUUAUUGACAAAAAACACCCAAUUUCGUAUAAACACAUGAAGUUUUGCGAAAUUUGUAUGAAAAAACUUGAAAGAUAAGAACAGCCUCGGGUCAGAUUUUAGUGGUUUUCAUAAAAAUAAAGUGCACUGUUUUGAGGGGGUAUUUUCACUGCAUGUAAUUAUAUAAACUUUAUGUAUAUAAGUAUACUUCAGCUACAUAUAUAUACAAAAAACAAUGGAUAAAGAUUCAAAAAAAUUUGGUCAAAAAGGUUUUAUUGCUCAAAAGCAAUGUCAGGGAUGUAAAGAAAUGGUGGCGGUUGCAUGUAGGACUUGUCCGGCCUGCUCACAACCUUGUGUUAAAAAAAGAAAGGUUGUGGAAAAUCGGUCGUGUAAUUUGACAAGGUCAAAAAGAAAGAUGGAAGAUAUAUCUAACAAUAUGAACCAGCACCUGGGAUAUGAUGUGGCUGUGGUGUAUGUGCGAAGAACACCCACAAACCGCCAAUACAUAGAUAUUGCGGCCACAGAAGGCCCUAUGCGCCAAUUCUUGUUUCAGCAAGAUGGAGGGUUGGCUGCUCAAGGUCAUGCUCUUGUGAAAUUUUUCAAGAGCAUGCCAAGGGGCAAUCGACAUGGUGGACUUAACCCACAGCCUAUUGAGGAAGCCCAUGAAGAUAUGGCAGUUGAGGACAAUGAAGCUGUCCAGGAAAAUGAGAACAGAGAUACAAGUAGUGACAAAGAAAAUGAAGGUCCAAGCACAAGCAAUGAUAGCAGGUACAAUCAAGAACAAGAAAAUGGAGGUCCUGACAAUGAAGAGGAAAAUAGAGGUAGCAAAUUAUUUUUAAACCCUACUAGACCUAUUUAUGCAGCUAUAAACUAUAUCUUCUUUAGCAUGUUUUGAUUGACAACCACCCCUUUUAUCUAUCAAAUUGUAGAUUCAGAUGGAAAUGCUUUCGAUUUCAUGAAGAUAUGAUUGAAUAUUUUCAUUGUAUAUAUUUUUUUAUUAGUUAUAGCUAUGGUUAUAGUUACAGCAUAUAGCUAGCUGUAUUUAUUAUUUAUUAUAAAAAAGAAAGUGUUUAGUGGAAAUAUAUUAGAUAUAUAUAUAUAUAUAUAUAAAUAUAUAGCAUAUUACUACAUAUAUAUUUAUAUUUAUUAUAAAAAAGAUAUGUUAUUUUCAUCUUCGUAUUUAUUACACGAUUUUUUUGUAAAUUAUCCGUACAUUGAGGAUCAGACCUUAGGUUGGUAAAAAGCCUGUUUGGCCCUAAAGAUGCUAAGCUGGUUGUUUAACAUCUAUUUUUUUUUCUGAAACAAUGCCAUCAUAA